AUGGUUUUUUGCAAGGAGGAUCAAAAUCUGGUCUACAACAUUAAACUAUCAUCUGUCGGGCCAGGUCGCAUGACUGGUUCGGACGUGGUUCAUGAGCCCAAUGGCGUGGACUUAGCCAUGAAGCUUCACUAUCUAAAAGUUGUGUACUUUUUCAGUAGCCAAGCAUGCCGAGGGUUAACCAUCAUGCACAUUAAGGGAAGCAUGUUUUAUUGGCUUAGUGACUACUAUACAGCUUGUGGCCGGUUCCGGAGGACCGAGGCCGGACGGCCAUGCAUGAAGUGUAAUGAUUGUGGUGCGAGGUUCGUAGAGGCGCAGUGUGACAAGACGGUGGAUGAAUGGCUAGAAAUGAGGGAUUGUUCUCUUGACAAUCUUCUUGUUUUCCAUUUACCGAUUGGUCCUGAAUUAUCUUUCUCCCCUUCACUUUACAUACAGGUAACUAAAUUCAAAUGUGGAGGAAUGUCCCUGGGCAUAAGCUGGGCUCAUAUAAUUGGAGAUGUAUAUUCAGCUUCAGAGUGCAUCAACAGCUGGGGCCAAUUCCUGGCAGGUCUUAAAUCUUAUGGGCCUUUGAAAAUCACAAAAACAUCCACUUGGCUUGAAAAUCCGAAUAACCGAUCAGUGGCUAUCAAGGAACCCGUUUCUCUGAAACGGGUAGACCCGGUUGGUGACCAUUGGGUAACUGCCAAUAACUGCAAAAUGGAAACAUUUUCGUUUCAUUUAUCUGCUUCGCAAGUAUCUCAUUUACACUCAAAAAUUUGGGGUGAAAAUGGAAUGGGCAAAAUCCCAUUUUUUGAGUCCCUAUGUGCCAUAAUGUGGCAAUGUAUAGCCAAAGCUAAAGAUGGGCUUGAGCCUAAAGUUGUCACACUUUGCAAAAAAGAUCCCAACAACCCAAAAGAUGGAAUUUUGAGCAAUAGUCAAAUUAUAAGUUCAGUCGAGGCAGAUUUUUCAGUUGGGGACGCAGAUUUGAAAAAAUUGGCUAUGUUGCUAGUUGAUCAAGCCAGAAAGGAGAAUAGCCAAAUUGAAGUGGUGGUGGCAAAAGAUGGUGGGGUGCCUGAUUACCUUUUGUAUGGAGCAAAUUUGACAUUUGUGGACUUAGAAGAGGCUCAUUUUUAUGGACUGGAAUGGAAUGGACAUACACCAGAAGCUGUACGCUACAGCAUCCAAGGUGUUGGAGAUGAAGGAGCUGUUACGGUACUUCCAUGGCCAAAAGAUUCAGGCAUGGAUGGCAACAUUGGAAGGAUUGUGACGGUUACUUUGCCCGACAAUGAAGUGGUGAAGCUCAGAUUUGAGCUGAAAAAAAAUGGGGUAAUGCUUGAAGAUGAUCUUGAGUCUUGA